AUGCGGAUGCUCACUUUUCCGACCAAGGCCACAGUCCUCGUGAUAGCCAACAUUCUGACCUUAGUUCUCGCUUCCCUGCAGGACUGCCUCAAUGAUGUUUGCGCAGACAGCUCUGACUGUGUCCGGUUCGCCGACCAAGACCUUGACAUCCUUGAUACCUAUCAACUCAGCUGGGUUAAACCAUACAAUCUUGCGGUGGAUGUUACUCCUGAAGCUGUGAUCCGUCCAAAUUCUGCUGAGGAAGUUGCGGCGGCCGUUCAAUGCGCCGCAGAAAACGGCUACAAGAUACAAGCCAGGUCUGGCGGGCAUUCUUAUGCAAACUUUGGACUUGGAAACGGUGCGGUCACCGUUGACCUCAUAAACAUCAAUCAGUACAGCAUAGACAACGCGACUGGAUAUGCAACUAUCGGAGCAGGCUUGAAACUUGGGGAAGUUGAUGACCAUUUACACGAGUCUAAACGAGCUUUUGCCCAUGGUGUUUGUCCAUAUGUUGGUAUUGGCGGCCACGCGACCAUUGGUGGUCUUGGCCCAAUGUCCAGGAUGUGGGGAUCAGCUCUCGAUCACAUCGUCGAGGUGGAGGUGGUGACGGCUAAUGGGACCAUUGUUCGUGCAAAUGAGCAGGAGAACAGUGACCUUUUCUUUGGCCUUCGAGGAGCUGGCGCUAGCUUUGGCAUAAUCACGAAAUUCGUGAUGAGGACGCACCCGGAACCUGGUGAUAUUAUUCAAUACACCUUUGAUAUCACCAUUGCAGAUGACUCAGCACGACUCGCAGAUAUCUAUUUGCAAUGGCAGGACCUCGUGUCUGACCCGACCCUUGAUCGGCGCUUUGGCACGGAGUUGAUUAUGUGGCUUGGUGGAAUUAUCAUUACGGGGACCUUUUAUGGGACUCAGGACGAGUUCGACGCAACGGGCAUCCACCAACGUCUGCCAGGAAAUGGCACGCUUUCUGUGACCGACUGGCUUGGCUCUCUUGCUGCUUGGGCUGAAAAGGAGGCGUUAUAUUUGGCCGCUGUAUCUUCCAACUUCUACGCCAAAAGCCUCGGCUUCCGAAGUGAGGACAUACUCAGCAAAGAAAACGCUACAGAUCUGUUCGAGUACGCUCAGGGAGUGGAUAAAGGGACUCUUCUGUGGUUCAUCAUUUUUGACGCGACGGGCGGUGCUGUUGCUGACGUCCCCCUGAACGCUACUGCAUACGCUCACCGCGACAAAUACAUGUUCUACCAGUCUUAUGCAGUCGAUCUACUCAGCUUGUCGAAUACAACCUGGAACUUUCUCACCGACUUCCACGAAGAGCUAGUCGGGAAGCUACCAGAAAACACGCUGACCAGAGGCACCUACCCCGGUUACGUCGAUCUCAACAUAGACGGAGUGCCGCAGGAGCAGUACUGGGAAGGAAACCUGCCGACACUGGAGGGUAUUAAAUCAAAGUGGGACCCAAACGAUGUUUUUCACAACCCACAGAGCGUCCGGCCGGUGGCAGCUUGA